AGCCACCUUCCCUCCUCGCUUCUGGCUCCGCGUCCCAGCCCAGCUCUGCGGCAGGCAGGAGGAGCAGCCAGAUAGUGACUCCAGAGUUCCCGGCUGUCGCCAGGCCUCCCGGAGUGGCGCCGACUCUCCCGCCGGCCGGACGCCGGACCCUGCGCCAGAGCCGCAGCCACCUGCUCCGAGUCCCCGGACGAGCACAACCAUGCGCCCCACUCUGGCGCUCUCCGCGCUGCUCUUGCUGCAGCUGCUGUUACUGUCGACUCCAUCUCUCUCCCAGGAUAAUGGAAAUAAGACUGACACAUCUGGUAUAACUAGCAUUGACCAGAACCAAGACAAACCAGCGACAAACCAGCCAAGCAGUGCUACAUCAUCUAAAAGCUUAGUCCAAUCUCCGACACCGACAUCUAUUUCAACCUCCACCCCAGACCCCAAGGCCACUCAAAGCAGUAACAGUUCAGUUACAACUCCCAGUGACUCCACCACUGAUGUGACAAGCUCUUCCACUAGCACUGUCCCCACUACUACUAGCAGUGGGCAGACAGUCCCCUCUGGAGGCAAGAGCAGUGACAAAAUUACCACAGCCCUACCAACCACUUUGGGACCAGUCAACGCCUCUUCUCAACCUACUGACCUGAAUACCUCGACAAAGCUUCCUUCUACCCCCACAACAAACAGCACAGCAAGCCCUCACCAGCCUGUGAACCACACUGAGGGACAGCACACCACUGUUCAGAGCAGCUCUGCUUCUGUGUCCAGCAUUGACAAUGCUACGCUGUCGUGGAUACCUACUACACCCAAACCGAUAGGUACCUCUGAAGGCACUCAGCCCAGCGCUAUCCCGACGCCAGGCAUCACCACACCGGUCUCCACACCACUACAGCCUACGGGGUCUCCAGGGGGAACUAAGUCGGUGCCUACAACCGAAGAAUUCACACACUCCACUUCUAGUUGGACUCCAGUGGUCUCUCAAGGGCCGAGCACACCCUCACCCUCUUCCACCUGGACCUCUGGGAGUUACAAGCUAAAAUGUGAUCCUGCCAUAAAGCCCCACGAGGAACUCCUCAUUCUGAACCUCACAAGAGACAGCUUUUGUAAGGGGAGCCCUCCGAAUGAAAGAUUCUUGGAACUGCUGUGUCACUCAGCCAAAGCGUCCUUCAAGCCAGCUGAGGACUCGUGUGCUGUGGAGCUGGCCCCCAUUCUAGACAACCAGGCGGUGGCAGUGAAGAGAAUCGUUAUUGAGACGAAGCUUUCUCCUAAGGCUGUGUUUGAACUGCUGAAGGACAAAUGGGACGACCUGAGAGAGGUAAGAAGCUUUGCCCUGUACUGUCCUAAGCCCAGCGUCCUCUGGUAUAGGAGGUCCUUUGAUGGUAUAAGUAUACAGGAGAGGCACAUCCCAGUGGACAGGGUGGGCAGUAGGAUGGGGCAGCAGACACAGAAGAAGGGCUCCCAUUUGACUAGAGUGGGGACAGGAGGUCCGGACUCUGUUUUCUGCCACUUAAGUUCUGUGUCUCGGCAGGCUGGAGUCAGUGACAUGCGGCUGGGGAAGGAAGGACCUCCAGAAGUCAACGAGGACCGCUUCAGCCUUCCUCUCAUCAUCACCAUCGUCUGCAUGGCGUCCUUCCUGCUCCUCGUUGCUGCCCUCUACGGCUGCUGUCACCAGCGGAUCUCCCAGAGGAAGGACCAACAACGACUCACAGAGGAGCUGCAGACAGUAGAGAAUGGUUACCAUGACAACCCAACCUUGGAAGUGAUGGAGACGCCUUCUGAGAUGCAGGAGAAGAAGGUGGUCAACCUCAACGGGGAGCUGGGAGACAGUUGGAUCGUCCCUCUGGACAACUUGACCAAGGAGGACCUAGAUGAGGAAGAAGAUACACACCUCUGAUCAGUCUGCCAGCCACUCCGACCGCACCGCAGCGCUCUCGACCACCCAAAGUGCCAUUCGGACGGGGGCGGGGGGGGGAGGGGACUUCCCACCUGAAGACAGAAAGAUUGGGGAGGGAGAAUGGACGCCGAGGGUUGUCUCCCUCCUCCCCAUCCCCACAAGGCCUUAAUUUUCCCUUUCGAGUUCAACGAAGUCACAUUCUGUCCAGUUUCCUCAUGUAAAAAAAACCUACUUGUGCCUGAGCCCAGAGCCGCUGGAAGGCAGGAAGGUGGAGAACGCCAUGCGAGAGGCUCUGGCGCUCCUCCAGGAAUGGCACCCACCCAUCUCAUAAGUAAGAUGACCAAGGCCUUAAGAGGUCAGGUAACCCACACAGGGCCACACGGCCAUUUGGUGACAAGGGUGGUUUCCCUCGGUCUGGUGCUUCGUUGCAUCAAGACUACUGUGUUCAUCUGUGUCCAUCCCCCAAGGCACAAGACACUCGAGCCGGCAGGCUAGAAAGAAAACCAAUCCUCUAUGGUCUCAAGGACAGGCCCCAAAUUUCCAUCUCCUCUAACACAGCCUCUGCCAGCUUGUUGAAUCCCGCUUCCUGUGAGUCAGUCUUUAGUCCCACUGUCUCCCAGGGCAGGGCUUUGAACCUCUUGGGAAGAUUUCCUUGCCUUUGCUUAGCGGGAUUGGGACCUAACUCACAGGCCUCACUAUCUAAUGGAGUCUGCCUAAGGGGUGGGUGGGCAGGCAGAGGAAAAGGAAGCUCAGGCUGGGAUGGCUUCCUCAUGGCAGCUGCUUCUGUACUGACACUGGCCUAUCAUCCAAGGCACUCCCUAGAAGACACUCCCCCCAAUGUCCUCUGGCCUUCUGCUCCCUCUAGGAACAAAUCUGCAGUAGCUACUGAAAGCAAGAUGUUCCUCUUUUCCUUGUUCACUGCUCAGCUGAGGGGGUGACUCCUCAAAUCCGAGUGUCACAGAGCAGCUGUCUAGGGACAAACAUGUCCUGGGGUUCUGACCGGUCCUUAAUUGGUUCCUGAUUGGCAAAUGUGUCUCAGUAGACAAUCGAUCGAACCUACCUGGCAUUAUUCCACAGGAAGCUCAGGGGCUUUUCAAGUUACCGAGAACUUGGGUGGUUGUGUUAUGGUGUGUGUUGUGUGUGUGUGCGUGUGUUGUGUGCAUGUGUGUGUGUUUAAUUCAGCUCCUAACUGCCAAAGGCCAAAGCUCAGAUCCUGGAGACUGUUAUCUCAUUUCAUUGGUUUGCACCCUCCUUUGCCAUGGAAAGAGGCCCAGAACAUGCAGUUUUAAGAUUCUUUUACCCAUUCUCCUAGCACGGAGCCAGGUUUUUGUUUCCGGUGUUCUUUGUAGCACCCCAGCUGUACCAUUUCUGGUGGCCUCUCAGGGAAACAAAACCAUGCCUAGGACCCAGCACAGGAGUUUCACAGGCCCAGCAGAGUCAAGCAGCCAUGUACAAGGCUGUCGAGGGCCCGGCAUAGCAAUGUUUCAUCUGGUUUUCUGAGAAAGGGGUGGGGGACCCUGUGUGGGGCUUUGAGUUAGGCCUAUGGUCUGGAUUGUUCUUGGGCAUAAAUCCCCAUGACUGACUGUCUGGUUUGAAGCAGCGUAUUUAGGGGAGCUAGGGGACAGACAGGUGUUGUCUGCCUAAUCCCAUUGUUAGAGCUGUCACUCUGAGAUAGGCUAAGGAGAAAGGCUGCCAGAAGUCAAGGAAGGCUCUCCGUGAGUUUCACAGGAGUUGAAAAAGAACGCUAACAAGAACUCACAACCCCUUGGCCUGCAUCUCUCAGAUUUGCAGGGGAGGGUGGGGAGCAGUGCCAAUUUGGGGGGAAAUUAGGUUCUGUCCUGAGAGGCAGCCAGCACUCCUUCUCCUUUGCUACAGUCAAUGGGUAAGGCCAUGACAGACAGCACAUGCGCUCUCUGCAAACGGGUCAGAUUAUAACCCUACAGCCUGUCAGAUAUGGCUUAACAUUAGACAACAGAUACUGUGUCUGAGCUGUUGGAAUAGCUCUGCCCAGGGUAAGCCCAUGGAAACUCUGCCCAGGCUGGCCCAGUGUCCCUUCCUGUGCACUCAAAUUGUGUAGCGUUUCCGUACAGCUUGAGAAUGUGGCCUUCACCACUCUUAACCACUGGGACAUCUGUUCCACAAGACAUGCUGCUAGCGUCUAUAAAAGUUAUCUUCCUGUGUCUAUUACUGGGUUUUUAGAGCUGUCUGUGAGUUCAGAAUCUCAGGCCCAGUCUGAGAGAAGGAAGCGGAGGGGACUUUAGAACCAGCUGUACCAAAGAGAAAUCAGAACUUCACAUUGCAGGGGCAAAAUGGCUUCCCCCAGCUGCAAAACCCAAGGGCCUGAUGGUUGGCUGAACAAAGCCAGCCGCUCUUGUGCUGCCUGCCGUGUGAAUGGCGAGGGAAGCAGCUGAGCACAGGGCACAGAGCAGUCUGCUUGGCCGAGCAGGAUCCAGACUCAUUUAGGACACUCACGCUCUCUAUCUUCCUGAUAGAGAGAACCAGCAGGUGUUUUACUGUUUUGUUUGGUUUUUGUUGUUUUGUUUUGUUUUGUUUUGUUUUUUGCCUACUUUUUGGACAACACACUGGUGAAACUUUGAAGAGUAAGUUGAAGUUGACAAGACCUAUGCACGUUUUUGACAAUGUAAAUACAAGAGCCACAUGUUUAUUUUACCCUGUACUGCUUCCAGAGGGUAAACUUUGGGAAAGACUUGAUAGCUAAGCCUCCCACCCCCCAUUUUCUGAAUAAGAAUGUAAAUGUCUAUUUAGUAGAAAUGACUUUUUUAAAGAACUGAAGAACAUAACAAGACAGGCUGGUAACACGAGAAUUUGCCUUGUAAAUAGGGGAUUUAAAAUUUUAAAAUACUGUCCUUGUCCUCCCCAGCCAAGUCUCCAUCCUGCUGCAGUUCGGGCUGGAGUUUAGCAUGGUCUGUGAUGGUCACGGGGGAAAUUUAGGAGAUACAGUCUUUCUACAAGAAAACACAUCUGAAGCCACAAAGAAUCUCCCGAGGGCCAGAGACAAGAUGAAAACAUGCAUCCCAGACUGCCCGCCCUGUGCUGCAUGUUUCUCAAGAACAGGGAAUUAAGGACUACAGCUCCCAGGUACAAGGUUAAUACAGGAUACCAUCAGUCCUUCCUCAUAAUAACCCUGGAAGGGCUAGGAGGACACAAGGGACACAAACAGCCAUGUGCUGGGCUCUGGAAUCACAUGGUCCAGAUAUCAAUAAACAUUUUGGGGACUUGUUUUUUUUUUCCUGUCAGGAAAUAAUUUUGAAAAGUUCCUGAGGAAUGUCCAGUAGAAUGAGGAUCAAAGGGACUAGCAUAGAUGAAGGUAGAGAGGGAGAAGCCCUGUAGUGCAGCCUGUGUCACUGUCAGUCAUAUGAUGCUUCCCUCUCAGGUCUGCGAAAAAUCCACCACUGAGCUGGGAUCACUGUUUCAUGGGGUUUUUCUGCUUCUUUGUGAAUGCCAACCAGCUUGCCCAGGAGAUUGGGGGAGUGUAUGUGGUAGUGGACAGGGGUCUAAAGUACACUGGAAUUUAUCGAGAGACUAUAGUUAACUAUUACAUUUUCUUAUAAAGUAUAUUUUGGAAAAUCGUACACUGUCAAUUAAAAUGCUUUUGUGUAAGCUG